GUCCAAUUAUGAAAAGAGGGUAUUUAUUAAACUCAUCUCCGAUCAAUGACAGCAUGUCAAGUCGACAUGUUACAGGAGUACAUAAACGAACUGCUUCACAACCGGCAAAUAAUAUGACGAAAGAAGAUAUGGCAGAAAAGAAAUCACUCUCAAAACAAAGUCCAGGUGCUGCCUCUCGCCAAUCGUUGAUGAAGAACCGCUGGUUAAGGUUGAUCGUCAUCGUCUUGGCCAUCUAUACGCUGUAUACGCAAAUUUUCUCGGCACUGUCGGUAUUCAGUAGAGUAUAUACAGACCCUGAAACUAGGAUAACAAAGGAAAUUUUGUUAGAUUCUAUCGUCACAGAUACAAAUAGCAGGCCAACAUGGAUAGACGAAAUAGCACAUAAACACCGACUUCGAUAUCCACAAGCAUUACAGCGGGAUUCUAGCCUAGGACAUACGAACAACGCUAUUAAGCGUUUGGAGAGAAAGCGACGUCCAAAAUACACCAACAUUGUACAUAAAUUGGUUUCCGUGACAGCUAUCUUAGCUAUCGAUAGCUCUAUCGAUAUUUUAUCGCAAGUAGAUGCAGUUUUGGCCCAAUCUGUUCAUCCGGAGCAUAUUUGGAUUGUAGCAGAUAGUGAUGUACACCUCCCAAAGGCUCUUACUGCUGACUACCUUCCUCAUUACGUCGGUUUUCGAGUCUUUUUUCGCGAGCACAUUGGCGAGCGAAACUGGAUAUCCGUAGCCAACUUAGCCACUACUGAUUUCACCUGGGUCAUGACAAAUGGAGUGCGCCCUGGAAUCAGAUACUUGGAACGACUUCUACGGCUGAGCCAAACCGACGAGUAUCGUCAUGCGCUCAUUGGUACCGAAGGUGCAAUUUUACCUUUCAGCGGGAACAUGACUACGCUGGAUGUCGAUGAAAUGAUUUGCUUCCCACAAGCCAUCGAAGCUGGAGAGCUUCCAAAUAUGUCUGUGGCUGUCGAUAUGCUUACCGAUACUUGGUUGCUGCGUCAAGAAUGGAUACCUAUCAUCAUGGCUCAAACAACACCACAACUCUCUCUAGUGCCUACAGGAUUCAAAAUCAGCCUUACGCUGAACUACGCUGGCAUUACAACGGUCGUUUUACCCAUCAAUCCCAUCGAAGUUGCUUAUUGGGGAGACGUCAGGGAGCAUACACGUACUAUGCAUGAACAGGGAUCUUUUUCAUGUCGGCAAAAAAAGGAAGAGUUAACUUUCAACCGUCAUUGGUAUCAGAUACUGACACGCAACAAGCAUACACUUGUUACGGAAAUCCGAGAGUUGGCAGAAAGUGCUGAUGACUCUGUGGACGUUGCAUUCUUAAUAAGCAAUCUCGAUGAACUGAAUGCAAUCACUCCUAUGAUGUGCACCUUCAUUGAAAAAGAGAAGUCUGUUCAUCUAAUCAAUGUUGGCGACCAAAGCGUUGCUCGUAUGCGCUCUGGAUCGUUACUAAAAAAUCAAAACAACUGCCAACCUGAUCAUAUCUAUGAUUUGAAUCCCACUUCACAUGCGAGUGACCGAGUUUUUCUGGAUCAAACACAAAUAAUACCCAUGACUCAUGCAUUAUUACAACUCUUGAAUCCACGACUAGUCUUACAUCCAUCAAGAAAUGUUAUGUGGAGCACCUUGGCUAGCCUGGAUGGCGACGUUACCUCGACAUUUAUUGCCAUCCCAUCUGAAGAUUUCAAGCAUACAGUUUGGAUGGCGACCUUACCUAUAGAAGCCCUAAUGAAAUGGAAUUCCAUCGACAUAAGACUUGUUGUUAUCACAAACGAACGUCCGGACUCGUUAGCCCGACUUAUGCGCUCUAUCGGUGAUGCCCAUUACCUUGGAGAUUCAGUCAGACUGACAGUUAAUAUGGAACGCAACGUUGAUAGGGUCUCCAAAAUGAUUGUGGAUAAUUUCGAAUGGAUUCAUGGAGAGAAGGUUGUCAGGCAUAGAAUCAAACAGGCUGGAGCAAUGUCAGCUUUUGUGGAAUCAUGGUACCCAUCCAACAAUAAUGAAUAUGCGAUCUUCUUGGAGGACAAAAUCGAAGUGUCUCCACUCUUCUACAGUUGGGUUAAAUUCUCUAUUCUCAAAUACCGCUACACGGAAGAUCAAGAUGUCUCCAAGAAAUUGUUUGGCAUCAGCCUUUAUUCUCCUCCAGGCACAGGCCUUCAUCUGGAAGGAACGAAGCCAUUCAACCCUUCUGAACUAAAUGACUUUAAGAUAUAUGACCUUCCAUCGCCUUAUGUACUCCAAAUACCAUGUAAUCUUGGCGCAGUGUACUUCCCUGAGCACUGGCAAGAGUUCCACGAUUACAUAACUGCAAGAUUACAAGACAAAAAACAAUUACAGAAGAUUAUAGUGCCAGAAUCGCGUUCAAAUGCAUGGGAUUCCUCUUGGAAACGCUAUUUCGUAGAGCUGAUGUACAUGAGAGGAUAUGUCAUGCUUUAUCCGAACUUUGAGGGCUUCAAAAGUUUUUCAACACACUUAUUGGACAAUAGAACUUCUCUCACGAAUCAGACAGAACUAACGAAGCAAACAGAUCUUUUGGAACUGGCUGAAGUACCUCUUAUAAUGAAAGGAGCUAUCAUUGAUGAACUACCAAACAAUGAGCUUCCCAACUGGGAAGAGCUUCCAGUAUUUAACUUGUUCGCAGUGCCUUCCAAUAUGUCUCGCCUACAUGAGGAAGGCGUUAAACUUCAGAUGGAGGUGUCCGCUUGUGACCCAGAAGUUGCUGGUACCAUACGGUCCCAAUUUCGAAAUAGGUGACGACGAGGAAUUCGCUCCAGAAGAAGAUGUUGAAGAAGAAAUCUCUUUACCAGGGCAAUGGCAGUCAGGAGAUGGUGCGUCAGACGAUGAAGAUAUCUUGAUUGAGCCCACACCUGAAGAUAUUGACCUUGAGGAAUUGGAAUGGACUGAAGACGAUAACGAAGACACGGAUGCCGAUGAUGUCGAGAUCUCAGAAGGCGUUAAUGUAAUAUAAUAGCAAGACCUACAAUUUUUCUGUAUUCUUAUGAUAUGUAAUACUAGGGUGUAUCAGUGUUCCCAAAGCAUGGAUAACAGUAAAGCAUCGCUCUGUGUGUGAAACGCAUAUUCGAUAAAAAAAUAACCACAUAUAAGAUGGCCG